CAGGCGAAGCGGAAGGAACCGCUGCUGCGGGCAGCGAGGGACAAGCGAAUAGCGGGGUCCCUGUGAGCUGGGCACCGCGAACCAGAUAUUGCCUCAUCUUAAAAGCUACAAGAGCUAGAAAACUACUGUUAUUAAAAUGUCAGCUCUCAGCAGUGAUUGCCCACACUUGGAAUCGGUUGGCGAAAUAACAAAGGAAGAAUUGAUACAGAAAUCUCAUGGCACUUGUCAGGACUGCAAAGUUAGAGGACCAAACCUUUGGGCAUGCUUAGAGAAUAGAUGUUCGUAUGUUGGCUGCGGUGAAUCCCAUGUGGAUCACAGUACCAUACAUUCUCAGGACACAAAGCACUGUUUAACUGUCAACCUUACCACCCUGCGUGUCUGGUGUUAUACAUGUAGCAAAGAGGUAUUUUUGGAUAGAAAAUUGGGAUCUCAUUCUCCAUUACCAAAUGCCAGACUGUCUCACCAAACACAAGGAAAUAGUGUACAGGAUUUUAAAAUACCUGGUAAUCCAACACUGAAGAUUCCUCUAGUUACUGUAUUUGAUGCUUUAGAUAUAGAGGUGGAAGAAGAUGAACUGAAGACAAGAGUUCCAACUAUAUCUUCUCCAAAAAAGAAGAAACACAAGAAAUACAGGAGUGUCAUAUCUGACAUAUUUGAUGGGACCAUCAUAAGCUCAGUGCAGUGCCUGACUUGUGAUAGGGUAUCUGUUACCCUGGAGACUUUUCAGGAUCUGUCAUUGCCUAUUCCAGGUAAGGAAGACCUUGCCAAACUGCAUUCUGCAAGUCAUCAGACUUCUCUAGUCAAGGCAGGGUCGUGUGGUGAAGCAUAUGCUCCCCAGGGGUGGAUAGCGUUUUUUGUGGAGUACUUUAAAAGGUUUGUUGUCUCAUGUGUUCCUAGCUGGUUUUGGGGUCCAAUAGUAACGUUACAAGAUUGUCUUGCUGCCUUUUUCGCCAGAGAUGAGCUCAAGGGUGAUAACAUGUACAGUUGUGAAAAGUGUAAAAAGUUAAGAAAUGGAGUGAAAUUCUGCAAAGUGCAAAACUUUCCUGAGAUAUUGUGCAUUCAUCUCAAAAGAUUCAGACAUGAGCUCAUGUUUUCCACAAAAAUUGGUACCCAUGUAUCCUUUCCCCUGGAAGGACUUGAUCUUCAGCCUUUCGUUGCUAAGGACAGUCCAGCUCAGAUUGUGACAUAUGAUCUCUUGUCUGUCAUCUGCCACCAUGGAACUGCCAGCAGUGGACAUUAUAUAGCUUAUUGCCGAAACAAUUUAAAUAAUCUGUGGUAUGAAUUUGAUGAUCAGAGUGUCACAGAAGUACCAGAAUCCACUGUACAGAAUGCAGAAGCUUAUGUUCUCUUCUACAGGAAGAGCAACGAAGAAGCACGAAGAGAGAGACAGAGGGUAUCAAGUCUGUUGACUAUGAUGGAACCAAGUCUCCUGCAGUUCUAUAUUUCUCGACAGUGGCUGAAUAAAUUCAAGACUUUUGCUGAGCCAGGACCUAUUUCAAAUAAUGAUUUCCUCUGUAUGCAUGGAGGUGUUCUUCCACAUAAAGCUGGUUUUAUAGAGGACUUGAUUGUAAUGCUACCUCAGAACAUAUGGGAUACCCUAUAUAGCAGGUUUGGGGGAGGACCGGCUGUUAACCACCUGUAUGUUUGUCAUACCUGCCAAAUAGAGGCUGAGAAAACUGAAAAAAGAAGGAAGACUGAAUUGGAAAUGUUUAUUCGGCUCAACAGAGCAUUCCAAGAAGAAGAAUCUCCAUCCAUUUUUUACUGCAUCAGUAUGCAGUGGUUCAGAGAAUGGGAAGGAUUUGUGAAGGGGAAAGACAGUGAUCCUCCAGGCCCUAUUGAUAAUACGAAGAUUGCAGUCACUAAAUGUAGUAAUGUUAUAUUAAAACAAGGAGCAGAUUCUGGACAGAUUUCUGAAGAAACUUGGAAUUUUCUCCAGUCAAUCUAUGGGGGCGGGCCAGAGAUCAUGCUCCGACCACCUGUUGCUCCAGUAGAACUUGAUGUGCUUCAAACAGAGGAGAAGAUUGAAUUAGAAACUCGUAGUCUGUAGCCAUCAGCACAAAGAUGAAUUUGUAAGAAAUCCUUUCCACUUGCCUAAAACACAUUCCUGAAAGAUGUUUAGUUUUUAUUAUAUUUUUGCCUAGAAAGGGGCAGCUCAUUGGGCAUUAUGUUAGUAACGGAAGAAUUAGUUGAAACUUAUAGAUUGUUAAAAAAUUUACUUUGAAACCUUUCAGACAGACUAUUCCCUUCAUGUUUUGGAAGGUAUGUGACUUACAUAUUUUGGAACAUUUGGUUAAUUGAAAAAAGUCACAAUUUUUGCUACAUGUUAAACCUAUGCUAUCCUUUGUAGAAUUAUAAAAUUGAGAUGAAGGAUUUUAAAAAUGCUUUUAAAUAUUGCUAUGAAUUGCUGAUCAGUCUUCUGAAAUUUACAAAAUGCAGUAUGUCUUUAAUUGUACAGUUUUGACAAGACUAGAUAUAAAAAGAGCAUAUUUUAAAUGGAUCAUGGGGAAGUAGUAAACACUCAGGAAAAGUUAAGUUUCACUUUGUUUUGUUUGCACUGCAAUGUAUAAAAUAAUGAACAGCAUAAAACUUUCAAAUGCUUUUCUUAUUUGAAUGUAUCAAAUAUAUAAUUAGUCUGGAUGGAAUAUUGUUUUGGUCAGCAUAUGUCAGUAACUUAUUGCCUACUAAAGUUUAAAUCAUAUAAUAAGCUUCUGUAUAUAAACCUACCUAAUAUCUUCAACAGUAUCAGUGAUGGAAAAAAAUCUUAGUCUUCUUUAGGAUAUUUGUUUGAGAGCAUGAAGCGUGGAAUGUAAAUGAUUGUGGACAUGAGACUGAUGCGCACUUGAGAAAUUAAAUUGUCUAGUCUUUUUUUAAUUAAAUGCAUAAACAGUUCCUUCUGAAAAAAUUUAUUGUAUAGUUACAAAACACUUUUUGGCAUGAUUUGUGAUGUCAGAAGCUGGAUAAAAUAUGUUGCAAGAUUACAAAAUCUUGCUGGAUAAUUUAUACUGGAAUGUGAAUGGCAUUCAGUCUUUUCUUUUUUUUUCUGCCUGAUAUAGCUACCAGCUAAUCAACAUUAUUCAAGGCUGGUUCAAAUAAAAAUGACCUUUUAAAAACUGGAAA